CGUGUCCGUGACCGUGUCCGUGACCGUGUCCGUGUCCGUGAGCGGCCCCGGGGCCGCGGUGUCGCGUUUGGCAUAGCCCGACGCCGGCGGGACGCGGCCACCGCACGGUGCGAGCGCACAGCAAGACCCAACCCUCACCAGAAUCGGUAGGACUUGGUGGGCAUUUUUCACUGCAUUUUGGAGCAAACCGUUUUCCAGUAGUUUCUGCACAAAUUUACAUAAAACUGGAAUUUAACCUGUCAUGGAGCUGGCUCACAGUUUGUUACUGAACGAGGAAGCAUUAGCUCAAAUCACAGAAGCAAAGAGACCAGUCUUUAUCUUUGAGUGGUUAAGAUUUUUGGAUAAAGUGCUAGUAGCUGCCAACAAGACAGAUGUCAAGGAAAAACAGAAGAAACUUGUAGAACAGCUAACAGGACUCAUCAGCAGUUCCCCUGGGCCACCUACGCGAAAGCUGCUUGCAAAAAAUCUCGCUGCUCUCUACAGCAUCGGAGACACAUUUACUGUUUUUCAGACACUUGACAAGUGUAAUGACAUCAUCAAGAGCAAAGAUGACACUGCAGCCUACCUGCCCACAAAACUGGCUGCUGUGGCGUGUGUUGGAGCAUUUUAUGAAAAAAUGGGCAGAAUGCUGGGUAGUUCUUUUCCAGAAACUGUGAAUAAUCUUUUAAAGUCUCUGAAAAGUGCAGAGUCUCAGGGCCGGAGUGAAAUUCUGAUGAGUUUGCAGAAAGUCCUCAAUGGACUCGGAGGAGCAGCAGCUUCUUGUCACCGUGACAUUUAUAAGAACGCCCGAUCUCUGCUGACGGACAGAUCUAUGGCUGUACGAUGUGCUGUGGCCAAGUGUCUGCUGGAAUUACAGAAUGAAGCGGUGUUUAUGUGGACAGCUGAACUAGAGAAUGUUGCAACCCUGUGCUUCAAAGCUCUGGAAAACUCAAACUAUGGUGUGCGUGUUGCAGUGUCAAAGCUUUUGGGGACAGUCAUGGCUACAGCACUGAUACCAAAACAAGCAACAGUGAUGCGACAAAAUGUGAAGAGAGCCACGCUUGAGGAGGUCUUGGAGCUCAUGGCCACAGGAUUUUUGCGAGGAGGAUCUGGUUUCCUGAAGAGUGGUGGAGAGAUGUUAAAAGUAGGAGGAUCUGUCAAUAGGGAAGUGCGAGUUGGUGUUACCCAGGCCUACGUUGUCUUUGUUACAACAUUAGGAGGUCAGUGGUUGGAGCGCAACUUUGCUACCUUUUUGUCCCAUGUACUUGAUCUGGUCUCCCACCCUCGUGCAACUCAGACCCACGUGGAGGCAGUUUACUCUCGAAGAUGCGUGUCAUUUAUCCUGAGAGCAACUGUGGGCAGCUUACUCGGGGAGAAAGCACAGAUUGCAGCUGCCAAAGAUAUAUGUCAAGCCAUUGGUAAACAAAUGAAGGCAGUGGAAGCAGUAGUGAAUGAUGCUAACAGUGAAAAUAAAUCAGGAGCUGCUGAUGUAGCUGCAAGCCAGCAUGUAAUGGUGUGUGCCCUCCAGGAAUUGGGUAGUCUGGUUCAGAGUCUGAAUGCCACUGCAUCUCCCCUUAUUCAAGAACCCUCUAUAGGUCUGUUGGAGACAGUAACUUCAGUUCUUCUUCAUCCCAGCAUGGCCGCUCGCCUUGCUGCGGCGUGGUGCUUGCGGUGUGUAGCCGUGGCAUUGCCUUUUCAGUUGACUCCAUUUUUAGACAGAUGUGCAGAAAGACUCAACAAUCUGAAGACCUCCCCUGAAGCUGUUAGUGGCUACAGUUUUGCAAUGGCUGCAUUGUUAGGUGGUGUGCAUCAGUGUCCACUAGGUAUUCCUCAUGCCAAAGGAAAGAUGGUGGUCAGUAUUGCUGAGGAUCUGUUACGAACUGCUGCGCAAAACAGCAGGCUCUCCUUGCAGCGGACUCAAGCUGGAUGGCUUUUACUUGGAGCACUCAUGACUUUAGGUCCUUCUGUUGUUCGGUAUCAUCUGCCUAAGAUGUUGCUGCUGUGGCGAAAUGUGUUUCCACGUUCUCUGAAGGAGCUGGAAGCAGAGAAGGCGAGAGGAGAUUCUUUUACCUGGCAAGUAACGUUGGAAGGCCGUGCUGGAGCUCUGUGUGCUAUGAGAAGUUUUGUUGCUCACUGCCCUGAGCUGCUUACUGAGGAUGUGAUCAGGAAACUGAUGACACCCAUAGAAUGUGCCAUGACAAUGAUGUCGCACAUUCCAUCAGUAAUUAAAGCCCAUGGAGCUCAUCUCAAAGCUAGUGCAGCUAUGGUUCGUUUAAGACUUUAUGAUAUAUUGGCUUUAUUGCCUCCAAAGACAUAUGAAGGAUCAUUUAAUGCGCUGCUUCGAGAGUUGGUAGCAGAAUUUACUUUGACAGACAACUCUGCUAAUACAACCACAUCACUCUUAAGGUCUCUUUGUCAUUAUGAUGAUAGUGUUUUGCUUGGCUCUUGGCUGCAGGAAACGGAUCAUAAGUCAAUUGAAGAUCAGCUUCAGCCAAACAGUGCAUCUGGAAGUGGUGCUCUGGAACAUGAUCCCUCUUCUAUUUAUUUGCGCAUCCCUGCUGGUGAAGCUGUACCUGGCCCCCUUCCUUUAGGAGUAUCUGUCAUCGAUGCAUCUGUGGCUCUCUUUGGUGUGGUUUUUCCUCAUGUGUCCUACAAACACAGAUUACAGAUGUUGGAUCACUUUGCUGAAUGUGUCAAGCAGGCUAAAGGUGUUCGCCAGCAAGCUGUACAGCUUAAUAUCUUUACAGCUGUUCUUAGUGCCUUAAAGGGUUUAGCUGAGAAUAAAAGCACCUUAGGACCAGAAGAAGUCCGCAAAUCUGCUCUGACGCUUGUAAUGGGUGCCCUUGAUAAUCCUAACCCUAUUUUGAGAUGUGCAGCAGGCGAAGCUCUUGGCAGAAUGGCUCAAGUGGUUGGAGAAGCCUCUUUCAUUGCUAGAAUGGCUCAGUACAGUUUUGAUAAGUUAAAAUCUGCUCGAGACGUUGUAUCAAGAACAGGCCAUUCCUUGGCUCUGGGCUGUCUCCAUCGGUAUGUUGGUGGAAUAGGUUCUGGACAGCAUCUGAAAACUAGUGUCAGUAUUCUCUUGGCUUUGGCACAGGAUGGAACCUCUCCUGAAGUCCAGACCUGGUCUCUCCAUUCACUUGCCUUGAUAGUAGAUUCUAGUGGACCGAUGUACCGUGGGUACGUGGAGCCAACGCUUUCUCUGGUUCUUACUCUGCUCUUAACUGUCCCACCAUCGCAUACAGAAGUACAUCAGUGCCUAGGCCGAUGUCUUGGAGCUAUAAUAACUACUGUUGGGCCUGAGCUGCAAGGUAACGGAGCUACAAUUUCAACGAUCCGUUCUUCCUGUUUGGUGGGAUGUGCAAUCACACAAGACCAUUCAGACUCACUUGUUCAGGCAGCUGCCAUAUCCUGUCUUCAGCAGCUUCAUAUGUUUGCACCACGGCAUGUCAACCUGUCCAGUCUGGUUCCCAGUCUUUGCGUUCAUUUGUGCAGCUCUCACUUGCUGCUUCGCCGGGCUGCAGUUGCGUGUUUACGACAGCUUGCUCAGAGGGAAGCAUCAGAAGUAUGUGAAUAUGCCAUGAGCUUAGCAAAAAACACUGGAGACAAAGAAAACAGCGGCAUCAACAUUAAUCCUUUUGCACCAGGAGCUGGUUCUCGUCGAGAUGCUCAUUCCCGGCAUCAGGGGGUUAAUAUAACAGAGACAGGCCUCGAAGGUGUCCUUUUUGGAAUGUUGGAUCGGGAGACUGAUCGGAAGUUGUGCUCAGAUAUCCACGAUACUCUGGGACAUAUGCUUUCAUCGCUGGCAGUAGAAAACCUUUCUCACUGGCUAAUGCUUUGUAAGGAUGUCCUUGCAGCUUCAAGUGACAUGAGCACUGCUGCUCCCUUAGGAGGGAAGGAUGAGGAAUCAGAGAAGAAAGAUGAGAUGGAUGAUGAUACAAUGUUUACCACCUUGGGUGAAGAGGAUAAGUCCAAGCCUUCUGUAGCGCCUCGUUGGGCAACUCGUGUGUUUGCAGCAGACUGUCUGUGCCGAAUUAUCAUGCUGUGUGAGAAUGCCAACAAGGCACACUUCGAUCUGGCACUGGCUCGUUUAGCCAGACUUAAAAACCCAAAAAAUGACUUCUUAGUACUCCAUCUCUCUGACCUUAUUCGAAUGGCAUUCAUGGCUGCGACUGAUCACAGCAACCAGCUACGAAUGGCAGGUCUGCAGGCUCUUGAAGACAUUAUCAAGAAAUUUGCAUCUGUUCCUGAGCCAGAGUUUCCAGGCCAUGUGAUACUGGAGCAGUAUCAGGCAAAUGUUGGAGCUGCUCUGAGGCCAGCUUUUUCCCAAGAUACACCAUCCGAUAUAACUGCAAAGGCCUGUCAGGUAUGUAGCGCUUGGAUAGGAAGUGGGGUUGUAAGUGACCUGAAUGAUCUUCGCCGAGUUCACAACCUUCUUGUCUCUUCCCUGGAUAAAGUGCAAGCAGGAAAGGGAUCUUCUAGCCAGCUUUACCGAGAGAGCGCAACUACUAUGGAAAAACUUGCAGUUCUGAAAGCGUGGGCUGAGGUGUAUGUUGUUGCCAUGAAGAUUAAGAAAGAAGCGGAGACCAAACCAAAGCGUGUUUUAAAGAGCACAGAGGAGGAUGAGGAUGAUUUUGGUACUGUAGAUGAGUUGCCACCAGACAGUUUGAUCACACUUGUACAACCUGAACUGCCUGCGCUCAGCCGACUCUGGUUAGCUGCGCUGAAAGAUUACGCUCUUUUAACUUUGCCAGCUGAAUUUGCUACCCAGCUUCCACCAGAUGGAGGAGCAUUUUACACUCCAGAAACAAUUGAUACAGCUAGACUGCAUUACCGAAACUCCUGGGCUCCCAUACUACAUGCAGUGGCGCUUUGGCUGAACAGUACAGGAUUUAAUGUGUCAGAGUCAACAGAAGAGACUGCUGCAGCAAUGCCCAGUUCACAGAAACGUGCUACAUCCAUUAUGUUAAACCAGACACCUGGAACUCCACCUGCCACUAAAUCUUUGCCAGAGAUAAACAAAGAUCGAAUGCACUUAAUUUUGGGUGUUAGUAUACAGUUUCUGUGUUCCCCACGACCUGAAGAGCCUGUUGAGCAUGUUACAUCUUGUUUACAAGCACUUCAUACUUUAUUGGAUUCCCCUUGUGCCAGGAUCCAUAUUGCAGAGGAUCAGCUCCUUGGUGUUGAACUCUUGAGUGUGCUUCACCGACUGCUCCUGACCUGGGAUCCUCCCUCAGUCCAGCUACUGGUUACAGGCGUUGUCCAGCAGAUAGUAAGAGCAGCUCAAGAUUAUUUGCAGGAAAAAAGAAACACACUAAAUGAAGAUGAUAAUGAGGAAAAAGAAAAUCGUGUUGCUUUAGGAGAGGGAGGUGCGAGUGGUGGUCUUGUGCCUGGAAAAUCUCUAGUCUUUGCAGCCAUGGAAUUGCUCAUGUUUAUCCUAGUACGACACAUGCCCCAUUUGAGUUCAAAAGUGUCUGAUUCUCCAAGUCACAUUGCUGCCAAAUCCCACCUCUCUGAGGAAAGUGCUCGUCUUGUGGCUGCCACCAUUAAUAUUCUGUCUGAACUGCCUUCUCUCUGUUCUCCAGCAGGGUGUAUGACAAUCUUACCUACUAUCCUAUUUCUGAUAACAAGAGUAUUGAAAGAAACAGCAGUAAAAUCGGCAGAUAACCAGGUCCCACCUCCAGUCAGUGCAGCCCUUCAAGGGAUAAAAACUAUUGUUACUCUUCCAACAGUCAAGACUGAUGAAACUCAGAAACAAUGGACAGGUCUUAUCCGUAGCACUCUGGCAUCUCUCUUGGAAGAUUCUCAACCUGAAGCCUCUAAACCUAUUCUUGAUGAAGUAAGCAUACUUACAGCUAUUGCUCUCUUCCUUUGGUCAGCAAGCACUGAAAUAAUUGGAGUGCAGUCUUUACAAAAUGGAUGUAUGAACAGAUUUAGAAGUGCAUUAAAUUCCUGUGAUCCUUGGGUUCAAGCCAAGUGUUACCAGCUUCUGCUUUCUGUGUUCCAACACACCAAUCGUGCCCUGUCAACUCCAUAUAUUCAUUCGUUGGCCCCUAUCAUGGUUGAGAAGUUGAAAGCUGUGGAAAGGAGCCGCCCGAACAACAACCUGGAGCUUUUAGCAGUCCAGGAAGGAAUUAAAGUCCUUGAAACAUUGGUCGCCCUUGGUGAGGAGCAGAAUAGAGUACAGUUGCUCGCCCUUCUCGUUCCCACUCUGAUCUCCUAUUUACUGAAUGAAAAUGCCUUCGCUUCUGCAUCUGCAGCAUCUAAGGAUCUUCACGAGUUUGCACUUCAGAAUCUAAUGCACAUUGGUCCACUUUACCCACGUGCUUUCAAGACAGUAAUGGGAGCUGCUCCUGAAUUAAAAACACGUCUAGAAACUGCAGUCCGAGCAAGUCAGGCCAGCAAAGCAAAAGCAGCUGCUAGGCAACCACCACCCACAGUACAUUCCACCCCAACAAUUAAACUGAAAACUAGCUUUUUUUGAAUUACUUUUAUUAUUUUUGGACCAUUAAGUAGUCAGAAGCAUUACAUUAUCCCUGCAUACAUGUCUAAUUUUGUGUAAUUUGUAUGUGAAAGGCUGUCUAAUGGAGCUUUGUGUAAUUACUUGAAAUCCAUGCAUUACAAGGGAAGUGGUGUUACUUGUGUUUGUAUAGAUUUUUAGGAAAUUGUGAUCAUAUUUAUGAAUUUCUGUUAUAAAUUAUCCACAAAAAGAUUAUUCUAUAUCUAAAUACUUUUAUUUAUUUUUAAAAGCUCCCCCAAACCCUCCACUGGUUUUUGAAAUCUGAUGAUUGUUAUCCUACCGUUGUGCCAACACACCAGCACAGUGGGGACGGAGGGAAGAAGAAAAACUGUUAUGAAGUACUUACCCUGUACCGUGGGGAAUUUCAAGUGUAGAAGUAUGCAUUUUUUCCUUUUAAAAACAAAGUAAGGAAGGAGAUUGUCAGACUUUGUAGAUCAUCUCAGCUUGCAUGAAAAAACACAACAAAAGAGUUGAAAAUUUUCAGCCUUUCUCAAGGUGAAUGAUCAAGCAUGCUGUCUUAAUGAGUUGUCCUUAUUUAUGUGGUGUAUAUUGCUUUCAAAUUAGUUUCCAUGCUUGAAAAUGAAUAAAGGAUGCAAAGAAUCUAA